GUUGGUAGGAUAAAAAGCUCAGCUCAUUGAAAUAGUCUAAUUUACUACUUGACUUGACUUUGUGAAUCAAUACAACUGACUGUCACCAGUAAAAAAUUUAAGAAAAUCGUCUCACAAGGUCUCCUAGUUCGCUUGGUUUAUGUUACGAUCUUUAACCAACAAAAUAUCUUCAGAACAAGUAUCAGUCUAUAAACGAUCUAAAGCCUGUUAGUAGUAUAACAGCAAUCGAAACGUCAGUUUAUAAUUUCUAAAUCAUUUAUUUAUAAAAAUGAGUGUUCCGUAUGUCUCAUCAUACAAUAAUUCUUUUCCAGUUCUAUUCGGUUUAAGUGCACUAUGAACAAUACGAUUCUUGAUGUCCUAAGAAACCGUGGGUGGAUUGAGGUUUGCAGAGAAGAAGAAUGUGAUUUCUUUUGGUGUGAUCCCAUGACAAUGAAAGAGUUAUUUGAUCACGGAUUAAUGGGCAAUAUAACGAAGAUUUGUCAUUUUCGAAAUCACUUUGAGCUUACCCGUAAAAAUUUAAUGGUGAAAAAUUUGAAACGUUUAAAACGUAAAUGGGAAAAAGAAUAUAAUAAACAAGAAAGUCAAAUAUUGGAUUUUUUCCCAACCACAUUUGAACUUCCAAUGGAAUAUCAUAUGUUUAUUGAAGAAUUUCGUAAAUAUCCUGGUUCUAUAUGGAUUAUGAAACCGAUUGCUAAAUCACAAGGCAAAGGAAUAUUUCUAUUUCGUAAAUUAAAAGAUAUUGAAGCAUGGAAACGUACUGGAAUGAAAUUUGAACAACAAACUGUUGGUGAUAUACAAAAUCGUGAACUACCUGAAACUUAUGUUGUUUCAAAAUAUAUCACUAAUCCAUAUUUAUUAUGUGGACGUAAAUUUGAUUUACGUGUUUAUGUUCUUGUUACAUCGUUCAAUCCAUUGAAGGUUUGGGUUUAUAGAGAUGGAUUUGCUCGUUUUUCCAAUACAAGAUUUUCAUUAGAUUCUAUUGAUGAUCAAUAUAUACAUUUGACAAAUAUUGCUGUACAAAAGACUGCACCUGAUUAUGAUGCUGAAAAAGGUUGUAAAUGGUCUAUAGGUUGUUUACGUCGACAUCUUUUAUCUAUAUAUGGCUAUAAAAAAGUUGCCGAGUUAUUUCAUCAAGUGGAUAUAAUAUUUAUUGGAAGUUUAUUAAGUGUUCAAAAGAUUAUUAUCAAUGAUAAACGUUGCUUUGAAUUAUAUGGUUAUGAUAUAUUACUUGAUGAUAAUUUACGACCAUGGUUAUUAGAAAUUAAUGCAUGUCCAUCAUUGACAGCUUCAUCUAAAGAAGAUUAUACAUUAAAAACUAAUCUUUUGAAUGAUAUGCUGGACGUUGUGGAUUUGGAGGGUCGUUUAACAAGUUUUGAGAAACGUGUUGGCGAUUUCGAUCUGAUCUGGGAUGAUGGUCCUAUUCACCCUGCUUCUGAUACUACAGAAGGUUGGUUAAUCAAUGCACUGAACACCAUAAAUCCGUUUAAUUCAGAAAAUUCAUCGGAAUCAGUACAUGUGUUUGGACCUAAUGGACUACCUAGACUUAACUCAUUUCUUGGCUGUACUUCACGUCAAUCAGCUAGAUGUAAGUUGGACUCGAAAUGUUAGUUUCUGGACAGUAGUACAAAGGUAAUAAGAAAUAAUAUAGAUAUUUACCAUCCAUUAAAUUGUGUUCCACUGUAUAAAAGUUUUCUUUGAUAUCAAAAAUAAAUAUAAUUCACAAGAUAA